AUGAAAACUUUCUUCCUCCUCCUCUGGGGCCUCGCAUGCUUCACCAGUGCUGCCUUCAUCCCGCAUUCAAAGGAUGAACAUGAUACUUCUAGGCCUGAGAACGGGUAUAUAUCUAUGGCCUACUAUGCAAAUUGGGCCAUAUACAAUGACCACUACCCGCAGCAUAUCCCCGUCGACAAACUCACUCACGUUCUCUACGCUUUUGCGAACAUCACCGAAGCUGGUGAGGUUCGGCUAUGGGAUCAAUGGUCUGACUACGAUAAACACUUCCCUGGAGACCCGGCGGAAGAAGAUAAAGACAAUGUCUACGGAUGUAUCAAACAACUGGGUCUCCUGAAACAGAAGAACAGACAUCUAAAAGUCCUUCUGUCGAUCGGCGGGUGUACAAACUCACAAAGCUGGGCUGGUAUUCUCCAGGUUGACGCAAACCGAAAGAACUUCGCCCAGUCGGCCGUCAAGUUGAUGCAUGACGUGGGUAUCCCAAAAAAAGAUAGUGCAAAAGAUAUGGUGGCUCUCCUGAAGGAAGUAAGAGAGGAACUGGACAGAUGCAGCAAGGAGCAUGCGAACAGCAACCAUUUCCUCCUAACCAUUGCCUGCUCAGCCGGUGCCUCAAACUACAAAGUUCUUCCUAUGUCUGAGAUGGAUCAAUAUCUCGAUCUCUGGAAUCUGAUGGCAUACGACUACGUCGGCAAUGAUGCUAUAAAAUUCUAUACCUCCAAUGGUGUAUCACCCAAAAAGAUUGUCCUCGGAAUGACGCUUUACGGCCGCUCAUUCGUCAACACUGCCGGACUAGGACAACCCUACGUUGAUGUUGGGACGGGCAUGGGCGAUGCCAGAGUUUGGCAUUACAAGGUUUUGCCGUUGGCUAAUGCAAAGGUUGUUGAACUACCAAUGACAGGGGCCAGCUAUAGUUACGAUGAGAAAACAAAGAUGUUUGUUUCCUACGAUACGGUGAACAUGACCAUGGUCAAGGCGGGGUAUAUCAACACGAACGGCCUUGCAGGUGGAAUGUGGUGGGAAACCAGUAUGGAUAGAGUUGGGGAACACAGCCUUAUUGGUACGCUUGUUCGAGAACUCGGUGGCCCUGACGCUUUGGAAAAAUCCGAAAACUAUAUGAAUUUUCCUGGUCGAAAUACGCAAAUGUCCGGAAUGGAUUUAAAACUGAUCAAAAAACAUGAUGAGACUCUGUCGUUCUGGCUCUGUACCACAGGAUUUGAGAAUUAUCCUAGAGUUCUAUAG